AUGGGCAAAACCCCAGCGAUUGGCAUCGACUUGGGCACGACGUACUCCUGUGUGGGUGUGUGGCAGCAAGGCAAAGUGGAGAUCAUCGCCAACGAGCAGGGAAAUCGCACCACUCCCAGCUAUGUGGCCUUCACCGACACGGAGCGCCUCAUCGGCGACGCGGCCAAGAACCAAGUGGCGAUGAAUCCCAGCAACACGGUGUUCGAUGCGAAGAGGCUGAUUGGGAGGAAAUUCGACGAUCCGAAGAUUCAGCAGGAUAUGAAGCAUUGGCCGUUCAAGGUGGUGAAUGACGGAGGGAAGCCGAAGAUCCAGGUGGAGUUUAAAGGGGAGGUUAAGAGGUUUGCGCCGGAGGAGAUUAGUAGUAUGGUGUUGAGGAAGAUGAAGGAGACGGCCGAUGCGUUUUUGGGAAAGGAGACCAAGGAUGCGGUUAUUACGGUUCCGGCGUAUUUUAACGACUCGCAGAGGCAGGCUACCAAGGACGCUGGGAUGAUCGCAGGUAUCAACGUUUUACGAAUAAUCAACGAACCAACAGCUGCAGCUCUAGCCUACGGCUUGGACAAAAACCUAAAAGGCGAACGCAACGUCCUUAUUUUCGAUUUAGGCGGUGGCACUUUUGACGUUUCAAUUCUAACAAUCGACGAAGGUUCACUUUUCGAAGUCAAAGCAACAGCCGGCGAUACACAUUUAGGAGGCGAAGACUUUGAUAACCGCCUUGUUAAUCAUUUCGCCGACGAAUUUAAACGCAAAUACAAAAAAGACUUAACCAAAAACCCGCGAGCUUUGCGCCGUCUUCGAACGGCCGCAGAAAGAGCUAAGCGAACUCUGAGUUCUAGCACGGAAGCAUCUCUUGAAAUUGACGCUCUGUUUGAAGGGAUUGACUUUUAUACGAAGAUUUCAAGAGCUAGGUUUGAAGAACUCAACUCUGAUUUAUUCAGAGGUACUUUGGAACCGGUCGAAAAGGCACUGAACGAUGCCAAGAUGGAUAAGUCUAUGAUACAUGAUGUUGUGCUGGUUGGGGGUUCGACCAGAAUUCCCAAAAUUCAAAAUUUGCUCCAGAAUUAUUUUUCGGGGAAGACCCUAAAUUUGAGUAUUAAUCCCGACGAAGCUGUUGCUUAUGGUGCGGCUGUUCAAGCUGCAAUUUUGAGUGGUGAUAGCAGUUCGAAAAUACAAGACGUGUUGCUUGUUGAUGUUACACCUUUAUCACUUGGUAUCGAAACAGCAGGAGGUGUUAUGUCGAAGAUUGUAGAACGCAAUGCGAGAAUUCCCUGCAAACAAACUCAAACUUUUACCACUUAUUCCGAUAAUCAACCAGCUGUUAGUAUUCAAGUGUUUGAAGGGGAGAGAGCCAUGACAAAGGAUAACAACCUGUUGGGGACGUUUGAUUUGUCUGGAAUCCCACCUGCACCACGUGGCGUCCCAAAAAUCGACGUUACUUUUGAUUUGGACGCAAAUGGAAUUCUGAAUGUUUCUGCAAAGGAGGUUAGUACCGGGAAGUCCAAAAACAUCACCAUCAAGAACGACAAAGGAAGACUGUCGCAAAGAGAAAUCGAGAAAAUGUUAGCCGAUGCGGAACGUUACAAGGAGGAAGAUGACAGACAAAGGGAACGAAUUGGAAGCAAGAAUCAGCUCGAGAGUUAUGUUUUUAAUGUGAAACAAGCGGUGGAAGAAGCUGGGAACAAGCUAAGUGCCGAAGAUAAGAAAAAAGCUUUGAAGGAGUGUGAGGCUUGUAUUAAAUGGUUGGAUAGUAACCAAAUGGCGGAAAAAGAAGAGUUUGAGUAUAAGUUGAAAGAUUUGACGAAAAUUUGCAGUCCGAUUAUGACCAAAUUACAUAGAGGUGGUGGUUCAAGUGGUGGUGGGGGAAAUGAUGGCCCAACAAUUGAAGAAGUGGAUUAAUUUAAUAACUUUGUCUCAUCAUAGCUUGGAUUUUUGGCUUGCUUAGUUGGAAAUUUGUGUGAUAAUCUAGAUUUGAAAUAAAGAGCUUUAUUCUACCGAA